AUGUUGUUUUUACAGAAGCGCUCUCCUGGGAAAUGCAAAGACUCCACAGAAUCCGAGCUACCUCUGUGCUUCUGCCUCAAUGGUGGCAUCUGUCAGGACAGAGCCUGUGUGUGCCCAGAGGAGUGGGUGGGAUCUCUUUGUGAGAUAGUUAAUUUCUGUGAAGCCAGUACUUACACAGUGCAUAUUUCUGAAAGCAUUACCAAAAAUCUUUGAUGGAUUAUAGUGAGUAAAUAUGGCAACUCAGAAGGAAAAUGCAAACCUGACACUUCAAAUGGUAACACUUCAAUAGCAAUCUGGAUGUGCUCCAGACAAGGGAAAACACCUACUUUAGAGCACCCCAAAAUUCUGAAUUGUCAUGAAAAUCUGGACUCCCUAGCAUCACAGGUUGAAACUGUGAACUCCAGCAAUAUUGCAGCUAUUGCAAGUAACACUGAAAUCCUUACCUCCAUGCCAGACCAACUGACACAGAACAUCUAUGCUGCUGCAAGCAUCUCAGUGCAGAUUCUGAAAACACCCAAUGUGUCAGAAGACUCUUAGAUAUCUGUGGCAGCAGCGGCUACAGUAAAUCAGUUCUUGGAUGCCAAUGAAACAGAAUUCAACCAAAAUAAUCUCGUCAAUGUUACAACAAACCUCACAAAAACAACGGAGGAAUUUUCUUUGACUUCCAACAUCUCACAGACCAAUUUCGCAAUCCGGUCUGCUCCACUGAAAUUAAGCUCCUCUAUAAUUCUGUUUUCAGCACAGAGGGAUACAACACCGGGAUAUUAUCAGCCAACAAAACUAGAAAUACAGGAAAAUGUCCCUGGGCUUAUUGCUGAUGUCAGUACUGAAGUUCAUAUACCGUUCAACAUUAUAGAUCACAGUUCAUCAGGUAAUGGAAGAAUUGGUUUUGUCCUGUCAAACAACAAACUCUUCCAGUCAAGGAUUUAUCAGACUCGCCAUAGUUUCUCUAGACAAAUUGUCUCUGGCAACAUUGAUGGUGGAAGAACCAGCAGCACUGAAACAGCCUUCAGUCCCAUGUACAACAUAUGUGAACUGCAGCUGUGUGAUCAUGCCUGUGUCUUUUGGGACUAUACUGUCAACGCCUGGAGCACAGCCAGCUGUGCAAAAGGAAGAGACCAGUUCUUGAGAUACAGGUGUAUUCACACAAUUGAUUUUGCUGUCCUGAUGGCCUUUCAGAUCAAACAUAAAUAUGCAAUGCCUUUGGAGUAUAUUUCUUACAUUGGUGUCGGAUUGUCCAUAGCUGAUGUGAUCAUUUCCAUUUUAUUUCAAAAAUUCAGUAGGAAAACUCGAAAGUCAUCUGUGAUCUGGAUGUUAGUGAGUCUCUGUUCCUCUAUCAUCUUCAUCACUGAAAUUGAAAGCCGAAAUGCCAGGAAUCACAGCAACAGUACUACCAGUACUACCAUUAACACCUUACUCACAUCUGACUUGGCAGAUCCUCCCACAGACUCCUGGUGUACAGCUGUGGCUGUCCUACUGCACUAUUUUUUGUUGGUGACAUUUAUGUGGUCAGCACCCAGUUCUGCACAGCUGUACUUCCUGCUGCUUAGAGCCAUGAAGCCCCUGUCUGAACGCUUUCUUAUAACCAUGUCAGUAAUCGGAUGGGUAAUCUCUGCUGUAGUAGUUGCAAUAACACUUGGAGCUACUUACAGAGAAGGAAAAGCUUUAAACUACAGGAAGACAGAAAGUUGCUGGCUUGCAGCACUGUAUCAAAAUCAGAAUUUCAGUGUGAAAAAGCCCAUGUUGUGGUCGUUCUUCAUGCCAGUAGCACUCAUACUCCUGUUUAACAUCAUCACUUUCACCACAAUCAGUGUCUCUGCGAUAUGGAAGUAGAACAAGAAUUUGACAAGGAAUAAAAAUGAUUCAUUUAUGAAAAAGAUGAUUAGCACUAUCUCUACAGUGGUAGUGCUUGGCAUCACCUGGAUGAUAGGCUACCUCACAUUAAUAAGUCAUGAAGAAACAAGUCUGUUUUUCAUGUUUCACAUUUUUAAUGCUACCCAGGGAGUUCAGAUCUGUAUUCUGUACACUUUCAGAUCACCAGCCUUCAAGAACAAAGUUUCCAAGGUGUUUCCUUUUAUUUGGGUGCCAAGGGUAUCCCCGUAUCUGCAUUCAAAAACUUACUAUGCUUCAAAAGCACAGCCUGCAAACUCACAGGAAACUCUCAGAUCAACACAGACUUUAUCAGAGAACAUUUCCUUGUCUACUUUCCCUAACUAA